AUGGCUUGGACUAGCACAUUACCGGUACACCUAUUGAAUUUGAUCAAAAAUUCCAAGUAUGUUCACGUAGCUACCUGCUCUAAAGAGUGCAUCCCCUCAGUGGCAUUGAUGAACUAUAUCUACGUACCAGGUGAAAAGUUGUUUGGUCAAACAGACAUCAAAAACGAUUACAUUAUAUUUGUUACUCCCGAGAAUACGCAAAAGUUUAAUAACAUCAAGGAAAACCCUAAAGUGGCUUUACUAUUUCAUGACUGGAUCAUCGCUAAUAAUUUGUCAGUUGGGAAGGAAAGCAUAUCAGAGACUCCAACCCCAACACCAGUUUCUCAAGACGAACAACGCCAAAGUAAGCUUCUGAAUUUGUUGCAAGAACUUAACCAAGCUGAAUUGAACCAGAUGAGUGCGUCUAUCGGGGGCCAAACUGAAAUCAUAGAUCCAGGAACUGAAGAAUCAAAGUACUACAAGGACUUAAUACUAAAGGCCAACCCUGACGCUAGAGCCUUUAUAUUUGAAGAAAACACUGCUGUAAUUAAAGUUAGAAUUGACAACGCUAGAGUGUCCAAUAAUGAGAACAGAACAAUGUUUUUAAGUAACGAAAAAAGUUGA